UGUUUGUUCAUGCACGGCUGGCGCUCCUGAUCUCCAUGCUGGCGGCGUGCACGUGGCCCGAGGGCCUCGCGCGAUUCGUCUUGCCUCUCGAGAACGACUUGAAGGCGAACGAGGCGGGAUGGCAGUCGCUCUGGGUUCUCGUGGCGGCUGCACGGGAGUGAGAAGCCUCGGUUGUUCGGCGCGCGGUCUUCUCGCCCAUGCUCCUGACGGCGUGAAUUAUGCGGGGCUGACGCGAAGCCAACGCAGGCUGAACGUCAGACUCGCCAGGAGCCCCUCAUGGCGCCUGCUGCCGCGACCCAACAGUGAUGAAUGCGCAGAAGAAAUACGCCGCGUAGGCAUGCGACGGGUGUGCGUGCAGCGCAAAAAGGUCGCCGUGACGAUCAGCGUUUGUCGUGAGUGUUCACUCGACGUCGCUAACUCGCGCCCCGGCCGUGUGAGUGUGUUGAACGCGAAAGAAGAAAAAUCCCCAGGAGAAAUCAACGCGCUGGCAACAUCCGCUGCACCAGGUGAGAGGCGGGAGCGAGCGGGCGCCGGCGGAGGGCGCGGGAGCGAGAGGCGGCCGGCGUGCCUUCCAUUAUUCAUCGCUUUCCCGCUUGCGCUUCGUGUCCUUAGGAAAAAGUCCUCCGUCCUCCGAUGGCGCGGCAUCCGGGAGGCAACGCAGAGACAAAGGGGCGUCUCGAAUAUCCUUCAUAAUUGCUGUGUCCAGAGUUUCCCAAGAAAUUUUAAGGAUAGAAAAACAAAGGGAUGCAACACUGUAUAUCGAGAUUUCCCGCCGUUUGGAGCCUCUGCAACCACGACACGCGAGCGAGCAUACAAGCGUGCAAUCAAGCUUUGCAGCGGAGAUGCAGAGAUCCGAUCGUGCGAAGGCUGA